GUUCCGCAAUUCCUCAUACCAACGAGCAAGGCAGCCAAGAUGGACAUUGUGAAUCAGUUGGUUGCCGGCGGACAGUUCAGAGUCCUCAAAGUUCCCCUGGGCUUCAUCAAAGCUCUAGAAUGGAUCUUUGCCAUCUUUGCAUUCUCAACAUGUGGGAGUUACUCCGGGAUGUUCAAGAUGAGUGUGGAGUGUAAAAACAGGACCGAGAGCGACCUGAGUAUAUGGGUGGAAUUUGAGUAUCCUUUCAGGCUUCAUCAAGUAUACUUUGACGCCCCAACCUGUAAAGGGGGUCCACCCGAGCGUCUCUUCCUGGUUGGUGACUACUCUUCCUCAGCAGAGUUCUUCGUCACCAUCGGUGUGUUUGCCUUCCUCUACUCCAUGGCUGCGCUCAGCGUCUACGUCUUCGCCCUGGAGAAGUACCGAGAGAACAACAAGGGACCACUCAUCGAUUUUGGCGUGACGUGUGUGUUCACCUUCAUGUGGUUGGUCAGCUCCGCUGCGUGGGCUAAGGGCCUGUCGGAUGUCAAGGCGUCCACGGACCCUGAGAAGGUGGUGGAUAUGAUCUCAGCCUGCGAUGAGGAGGGGAACCUCUGUCGUGAAGUUCACGACCCUGUCAUGUCUGGACUCAACACCUCCGUUUGUUUUGGCUUCAUGAACCUGGUCUUGUGGGGAGGAAACCUGUGGUUCGUCUUUAAGGAGACCGGCAUCAUCGCCCCCUUCAUGCGCGCCCCUCCUCCCCAGGAGAAGCAGCCCGCCCCAGACUCGUACGGCCAGCAGGCGGGGUACGAGCAGGACCCUUACGCCAGCGCCCAGGGGGACUACAAGCCAGAAUACAACCAGCAGCAGCAGGGCUACAACCAGGAGGGCGGAGAGUAUGGACACACACCCACCUCCUUCGCCAAUCAGAUGUGAGGGCGAGGAGGAAAUAGGAAGUGUGGAGGCGGCUGACGGCUGAGAGUCAGCAGAGUGACGGGGGGAGGAGUGUGGUGCCUGGAAACUACAGUACCCACAAUGCCGCACUCCUUCCUGUGUGUCUGUUUGCGCAUCUAUCUGUGUGCUGAGUAAAUGGGGGACGGGGGGAGAGUUACCUAAACA